AUGGAACGCGUGGAUCAAUAUAGAGAUCAAGCAGCUGUUCAAUGGGCCAGGCUACGCAACACAUACCAGCGGUAUCUGGAUAUCGCUACCCCACACACAGUGUAUAGAUGGGCUGCAACGUAUGUUUUGAUGUUUUUGUUUGCCUUAAGAAUCGUGCUAUGCGAAGGGUGGUACAUUGUUUGCUAUACAUGGGCUAUCUACCUACUAAGCAUGCUGCUGCAAUUUUUGACACCUAAGUUUGAUCCGUCGCUGGAGCAAGAAUACGAAAACGAGUCCAUUGAAGAGGGCACAGCGAAAAUGAGUGACAAGGAUGAAGAGUUUAGGCCGUUUAUCAGAAGACUUCCUGAGUUCAGAUUUUGGUUGAAUGCCACCAGGGGUACAGUUAUAGCUUUGGUCUGCUCACUGUUCAGAGUGUUCGAUAUUCCUGUCUUUUGGCCUAUCCUCUUGAUAUACUUUGUGAUCUUGUUCACUUUGACCAUGAGGAGACAAAUCCAACACAUGAUCAAGUACAGAUAUCUUCCGUUUGACAUUGGAAAAGCACGCUACGGGCGUAAGUGA